UAUAAUAAAAAGCUGUUCAGGUGAACCAAUACAAUUUUUAAACGAUUUCCACAGAUGUCAAAUUCAUCAUGUAUGAAAUUGAAUUCUAGAUCAUCAUCAUCAUCAGAGAAUGAAGAUGAUGAAAAAGAUUGUGUACAUGACGAAUUUGAUGUUGAAGAGCUUGAUAGUUCAAGUGUUGCAUCAUGA